AUGGGCCUCGGACGCGAGAUCCGCCCGGGGAGCCGCGGCCUCGAGUGGGCGGCGAGUCACGGCGUCCCGCGCGUCGCGUUCGUCGGCGACUGCGCGCUGAGCGUGCUGUGCUUUGCGUCCGCGUGCGCCGUCGCCGGGUUGCGAUCGGGCGUCGGCGAACUCGGGCGCGUUCUAGAUAUCUCACGCCGGUCCCCGAUUAAUUACUGCGACAACGCCGGGGGCAGAUGGUGCGCGCAGAUGGACGCGGGCGCGGUCUUCGCGUUCUUGACGGCGAUCUCUGUCGUCCCGAGCGCGGUCGCGAACUCCAUGAACUCGUGCGGGCCGUGGUGA